AUGCAAGAUGUCAGGAAAAGAGCCAAAAGUAAGGAUAAAAAUGCGUGUGAAAGAGACAUUGCGAAAAGUAAUGAAAAUAAUGUAAAUAAUGAUAAAAGGCCAACUACAAAGAGAAACAUAUCGUUAAGAAUAAUUUCUCGUGUGGUGGUUAUAUUUUCUCUACUUAUAGUAGUUUACUUUUCAUCUAAAAAUGAUAAAGUAAGGACCUUUGCUAAGCAAUCGGAAUUACUACCAGGCAAGGGCUUAGUUGUUGACUGUUCUCCAUCAUACAAGGAGGAAGUGGAAAAAUAUGAGGGCUGUGUUCCUAAAGAAUGCAAAAGAUUCAUCACAGAUAAAGUGAUAUCGGUGAGAGAAGCAGAAGAACUACUGGUUAUAGCAAAGAAAGGCCUCAAGCUGGGAGGCUCCUCUGGUGGGGCCUCAAUCCUAGAUUUACAUAGUGGAGCUCUAUCUAUGGGGCAGCACUUUGUCAACAUUUACAAGCGUGAGGAUGCUAAACACAUAUUCAGUGAAACUGACUUUAAUAUCUAUAGAGUAAUCAAAGAGAAAAUUAAAUAUGCUGUGGCUCAUCACUUUGGAGUAAAACCUAACAAAAUAUUUCUGACACAUCCAACAUUUUUCUCUGAAAUAACAUCCAAGAAAGCAGUCACCAUGCAUGAUGAAUAUUGGCAUCCUCAUGUUGACAAAGAAACAUAUAAAUCAUUCCACUACACAACUCUGUUAUAUCUUGGUGAUUACAACAUCGACUUCAAAGGUGGAAGAUUUGUAUUUGUUGAUGACAAAUUUAAUAGAACAGUAGAACCAAGAAAAGCCCGUCUCAGUAUGUUCACCAGUGGCCGUGAAAAUUUACACUAUGUUGAAAAGGUGACAUCUGGCAUCAGAUAUGCAAUGACAAUAUCAUUCACUUGUGAUCAGCAAUAUGCUAUUCAAGAUCCUAGUACAAAUAAUAUAUAA